UCAAAUGAAUACUUGCCACCUGCUCAACAGGCGGCAUCAGCUCCAGCCAUUGUUGAAGCUACCCCAGCUCAUGUUUUGUCUGAUGAUGGUUACCGUUAUAAAACCCAUCGUCGCGUUAUUUACCGUCGCCACUAAUGAUUUUAUUUAAGAAAACAGAAUUAUUCUUUAAGUAAGAGAAUAAGUUAAUGAAACCUAUUUAGUUUAUUAGAUAUGAAUAUGAAUUUGUAUUACUUGUGUAACUAAUUUUAUACAGAAUUACUAAGCAAUAAAAUCAUUCUAGAAUACAAAGUA